CGGGGCCGCACGCUCGCGCGCUUGUCAACAAAGUCGGUCGCUCGGGCUCCGCUGCCGGCCGCGCGGCGCGCAUACUCACGUUUACCCGACUUUAGUAACGCUUACAGAAUUUAGUUCCACUUAAAAUAUUGUGCGCGAAUAAUUUUUAGUGCCUAUUUUUACGAACCAACUACGAAAUAAGGAAUUUGUUUACGUGAACCUGUGAAAGUUUUGAACAAAGAAAAGUGUGUUUGUGAUAAAGUUUGUAGAGUUUACACAACUUCUUGUUGUUCGCGUUGCCUUUUGAACAAGAGAUAUCCAUCAACAGAAGCGUGAAGUGUGAAAUGGAAUCUUGAUGGGACAAUUUGAUCGGAAAUGGACUAAAGUGAGACGAAUGAGGGUGAAGAGGCAAGGAGGAGAGGAGUCUGCGGGAUCACCGUGACCGAGCGCCGCCAUGUCGGCCCCCGCCCCCGCCCCCGCCGCCCCCGCAGGCGACGAGGAGCCGCGUCGACGAUCUGUAUUCUACAUUCCACUCUUCGAAAGCUUCGACAACUAUUUACCAUUAACUCAGGAAGAAAAGGAUGCCCUAAUAUCUGGGGAAGAGUACUCAAGAGUUUCACAAUCAAAAAGAGCCAGAAACUACUCUGAUAGCGGUAGAUUGCUGGUUCCUGCGAGAGGAGAUGCAUCUCUUACUGAAAGUGAGAGUGAUAUCAGUAUUUUUAGUCCCGAAAGGCGAUAUCGAAGGCCUUUAUCAUCCACCAUAAGCUCCAAUGAAGUGUUAUCAAGAAUCAGUCAUCGAGAUCUCACCAGUCCCCGGCUUGUAGCUGAGAGUGGUCUAUUGAGACAUGCGAAGCCGAGGUUACGGAGUACAACUUCAUGUGAGCCGCGGUACGAUAGAAUAUUUUCUCCAAUUGGAGGAUCAGUGUCAUCAAACAAACUGAACGACUCAAUAUUGAGCAUAGGGCAGAAAUCAUCAUCAAAAAAUUCAAUGAUGAACUCAAACCUCUCCCUGAUACCCGACUCGCCAAAACUUGUAGCUGGGACUAAAGAGAAGUCAAAGACACUGCCACAAAAUCUCACCGUGCCAUCGCCUAUUAGAGGCAGCAACAGCUCGACGUCCAUAUUCAGGACGCCGAGAAUAACUGUGACGCCCGACAGCCCCAACAAGAGUCCGGGGAAGAUGUCGGGGUUGAACUUCAUUCGCCGAUCGCGGAGCACGAAGUUAUCUCGAAGCAACUCGUUGCUCCGCAGCGUGACGUCACGGUACAUCGAGGAGGGGGUGGAUCGGGAGGCGGCGGUGGUGUCGGAGCUGCCGGUGCGGUACGAGGAGUUCGCGGCGGGGGCGGGCGGGCGCGAGGCGGUGCUGGGCGCGCUGGUGCGCCGCCACGAGGCGCUGCUGGCGCGCAGCCCGCUCGCCCUGCGCCGCGCCUACCUCGACGUCGACGACGACGUCGCCGUACACUCAGACACAUCGUACGAGAAGGCAUGCCGGCGCGGCUCGGCGCCCAGCACGCCGGUGCCGGGUGCGCAGGCGCAGCACAGCCCCUCGCGCCUCGCCUCCUUCUUCUUCUCCAAGCGCUCGUUCCGCAGCAACCCGCUGAAGAGGACCAAGUCCGCCACCAAGCUGGAGCGCGAGCGCGCGCUGGCCGCCGCCCCCGCGCACCCCGCCACGCACUCCUUGCGGACCUCAAGAUCUCAUGAAAGCUUACUAUCAGCACACUCUCCCGCCGUAUCCACAAUGGACUUAGGACCACCUAAUCAGGUGGAUAUCCGGUCGCUGCACUCCUCAGUACUGGGGCGGCCGCACUGCUUCGCGCUCAGCGCCGAGAACAGAGCGCCGCGGUACUUCGCCUGCGCCUCCAGGAAGGAACGAGACAGAUGGAUAUACAGCUUACGUCAAGCGGCGCGUCCGGACGAGAUGCGCACGCGGCGCUGCGAGCGCUCGGUCAAGCUGUGGCUGCUGGAGGCCAAGGCCGUGCCGCCCAAGAAGCGGUACUACUGCGAGAUCCUGCUCGACGACACGCUGUAUGCCAGAUCGUCGUCAAAGCUGAAGACGGAGCUGUGCUUCUGGGGCGAGGUGUACGAGUUCACGGGGCUGCCGGCCACGCAGGCCAUCGUCGUCAACGUGUACCGCGAGCCCGAGCGCCGCGCCAGGAAGCGCGACAAACACGCUCUUGUUGGCUCAGUCCGCAUCCCCGUGGACGACGUGUCCUCCCGCUACCUGAACGAGCGGUGGUACCCUCUAAGCGACGACAAGCCGCAGUCGCCCGGCGGCCGCGCCCCCCCCGCGCCCGCGCCCGCGCUGCGCAUCAAGUGCCGCUACCAGAGCGUCGAUGUACUGCCCAUAGAUCAUUAUGCGAGGUUCCUGGAUUACCUGAAGAGGAAUUAUAAGCGGCUGUGCGAAUAUCUGGAGCCGGUUAUUGGUGUGAAAGCCAAGGAAGACAUCGGCUGCGCACUAGUCCUCUGCAUGGCGGGAGCUGGCCUGGCGCCGCGGUACCUCGCGGACGUGGUGGCGCUGGACGUGCGGCGCACCGGCGACCACUCGCUCACCUUCCGCGGCAACUCGCUCGCCACUAAGAGCAUGGAGGCGUAUUUGAAGCUGGUCGGCGAUCAGUAUCUUCAGGACACCCUCGGCGAGGCAGUAGCGUCAGCAGCGGGGCCGGGCGCGGCGGAGUGCGAGGUGGACCCGCUGCGCGCCGGCAGCUCGGCGGCGCUGCGGCGCCAGCAGGGGGCCCUGAGGGACGCCGUGACGCUCGCCUGGCGCGCCAUAGCAGCCUCGGCCCCGCGCUUCCCGCCGCCGCUCAGGGACUGCUUUGCUACGUUUCGGGAGAGGUUAAUAUCGAUGGGUCGUGAAGACAUCUCCGACAACUUGAUAAGUGCAUCGAUCUUCUUGCGGUUCCUCUGUCCAGCCAUAUUGUCCCCGAGUCUCUUUGGCAUUACUCAUGAAUAUCCCAACGAGCGCGCAGCGCGCAACCUGACGCUGGUGGCGAAGACGCUGCAGACGCUGGCCAACUUCACGCGCUUCCAGGGCAAGGAGGCCUUCAUGGAGUUCCUCAACGACUUCCUCGAGCAAGAAGCGCCCAACAUGAAGGCUUUCCUUAGAGCUAUUUCGACCAGGCCAUCAGAGCAGCAGCAGAUGCAACAGCAGCCGGCGGGCGAGGGCAGCAAACGCAACUCGUCCACAUCGCAGGGCUCGGCAGGAGGGGGCGCGGCGGAGGGCGCGCGGGGGGAGGGGCCGGCCGUCGACCCCGACCCCGAGUGGGCGCCGCACGUCGACCUCGGCAAGCAACUUGCCACGCUCCAUGCGCUCCUGGUAGACAGCCUGCCGAAGCUGCCUGCUGCUAGGAUGCAGGAGUUGGAUCCGUUGUCUGACAUACUCGACGAGCUUAGCAAGAGAUUACUAAGCAAUGACAUUGGGCCGGCGCCAUCGCCUGACAACAUCUUCAGGUUCAACGACCCGACCUGCAACACUCCGACCAAGCAGAAUCCUGAGCCGGUCACCAACGGACACGCAGCCAACAACUUCGCUCACAGCUCGCCCAUCAUGAACAAAAACUGCGUCCAGUUCAACAUGAGCCCGUCGAAAUCAAAUGCUAACGAAUCUAAGUACAAAGGAACUUAUGGGUCAGUAUCAAAGUCACCAAGCUUUAACUUACGGUCACAAACAUUACCGAGAAACGGUUACGGCUCAAACCCCAUCAACCAGAAUGUGAACCCGGACCGGUACAGCUCUCAGUACAACAACCAGGAACACUGUGUUAACUUGAAGGUCGUGCAGAUUGGCUUCGGCUCCGAUCAAUACCCCAAGGGCAUUAGCAACGGUGCAAAUGAUAGUCUGGAACGACGAUUCCAGGAAAGAUACAAACCGAACAAUUACAACCAGCAGCAGCAUUUCCACAACUCAAAUUACAACAGCACUGAAAGGUCUCCAAGCAGUGACAACAUAAAUCACAAUUACUGCUCCAAUGAAAUGCAAAAUCUCAUUAGAGAAACUGCCACCCUUGAGGAGCUAUCAGAUUUACUGAAAUACGCAGAUGAUGCAGACUUGAUUGAUGAAAAGUUAAUUUUGAACAAAAAGAAUCUUGCACACUCCCAGUCAAACAACAACAUUAUUAAUGGAAACAAGAAUAACUACUCGCAUACCAACAACGGUUCAAAUGUAUCAAUAAGUGGCCUGUCGAACGUCGCCAGUUCAGGAUACCAAAGCAUAGCGACGUACAGUCAGAGCUCCAGCCCCAUCGACAACCCGGCGCACCUGCACCAGCCCUUCGAGAACGGAGGCCAGUCCAUGAGCCGCUACUCGCAGAUCAACUUCCAGAAGCAGAGAGACAAGCAGUAUUACGACAGCAAAAAUGACAAAUUCUACCCAAAGAGCCCAGUGCAACAAAAGAUUGAAUACGAUAUUCAGAAAUAUGGCAUACAGAACUUUACCACCGCAGAGAACGGACAAGGAAACGUGAACAUGAACUCCAAGGCGGCGCCGCUAGUAUUCACCAAUCCAGUAUACAACAUGGAGGACAACCGCAAGACACCUGAGAAGAAAAAGUGCAAUGAAAAUAGGAAUUCUAAGCGAUGUCCAUGUGGCUCAUCCAGUUCAUCGAUCGAUGAGGAGGGUCUGAGCACGGACAACGUGGAGACCAACUCGGAGGAAGGGUCCACCAACUUCAAUGAUGACGGCAGGAACUUUGACAAACACAACCGCAACAACACCGGCCACCGCAAGCUGACCAGAGACAACUGCAACUACGAGGAGGUGUACCAGCGCGGCGGCCACGCGCCCUCCCCGCGCCGCGACGACGACUCCUCCAGCUCGCCCAGCCUCCGGAAGAGCAGCAGCAAGACGCGCAUGCCCAGAACAAACCCUAUGCUCUCUUACUCUACUAACAAUAACCAAAACCAAAUCAACGUCAAGCACUUCGGCCAAAGAAAUGAGUCAUUGUACGAAAGCAAGCCUCACCACAUCUCAACAGACUCCGGGUAUCCGAUGAGUCGAUCUGAUUCCAACGUCGAAGAGGUCAACAAGGAGAUGUACAGACUCCAAAUCUCAAGAAGCCAGAAAGCGCUCUACAACAUGGAGAACUCGAAACAGUCGCCUGAAAAAUACUCGAUCUCAGAGAACACCAUUCCAGAAACGAAUUAUCCCUUGGAUAGGACGUAUUCUGGAGCUAAGAUGUCGAAUAGUCGUGUGAACGAGGAUUUGGAGAGGCACCAAGAGUUUUAUACGGCUCCGGAGAGGCGGGAGCGGGAGUCGCCCUCGCAGACGGUGUUCAGCCGAGAGUCUGCGUCGAGCGAGGCGAGCGAGCGCGCGGGGGUGCGGGCGGAGCGCGGGGGCGGCGAGCUCGGCGGCCGGGAGAAGCUGCAGCGGCGGCUCAGCCUCGAGUCCGCCAGGGAACUCACCGACAGCUCGGAUGAAGUGGAGGACACCCUGUACAGCACGGGCCGGCGACGGACGUCCAAGCACCACCGGACCAUUGAACAGUAUGAACGAGAGAUCGAGAGGUUGAAGUGUUCUGUGGAGUUUCUGCGAGGACGACUGGGACCCACCGAGCCCGGACAGGACCACACAGAUGCCAAAAUGAAAGCGAUUAUAUCGAGGUUAUUCUGCGUGGAAGAAGAGCUGCGUCGCGAGCAGCGCAAGAUGGCGGCGGCGCUGUCGCACAAGCAGCGCGUGAUCGAGGCGCAGGAGCACCGGAUCGCGGCGCUGGACGAGGCCAACACGCGGCUGCUCUCAGCCCUAGUGCAUCUGCAGCAGCGGGCCCCCUCCGCGCCGCACCAGCCAAACAACACGCACCAGGAACUACAGAUAUAGGGACUGCAACUACGAUACAAAUCUGAGGCUAUUAUUUUUCAAAGAGCGCGUGUACUGCCGAGUAGGGUCGACCGUCUUUUGUUUCAAACAGCGAUGUUAUUCGCGAGUGGGGUCGCCUGUCGCGCGUAGUGAAGCGGUGUGAACGAUGUGUGUGUACGUAUAUCGAGUAUUUUGAAUGUUAUAAUAAUGUUAUGUGAAUUAAAAUGCUACUGAAUUUUCGAUUUAAAUAUGCACAAUAAUUUUACUCUACUUACCUGAUAAUAUGGCUUGACAAUAUCAGAAGCACUAUAUGUUUUGUAACUCGUAGGUAUUGAUGCAUUUCUAUUAGAUAUUUCAGUCUACGACACUUUUAUAUGUUUUUGUUAAUUUAAUGUGAAUUAAAAUGUCAUGAAUAGAUUGCAAUCGUUUGUUGAAUGUUGUUACUAAUGUUUUAUUUAAAACCACAGUGUUUUGUUUUAUUACUUAUAUUAUCAGUAUUUGCGUACUCCGGACUGAUGUUCGUUCAUCAAUAUACUUAUUGUGUUUUCAUCGAUACCAAAGACGAAUGAAUAUCCCUUUAGUUAGACUAUAUUUGUUGUGGUCAAAUAAUGAGCUCCCACUGCAACUAUAGACCUAGCAUAGUAUUUUUAAACAAAACCGUAUAGAUUUUUAUAAUAAAGAGACUUGUAAAAUAAUAUGAUAGCACGUAAGCAUGUGGUAAGAUAAGAUUGAGAAAAGCGAAUAUUUUAAUACCUUUUGAGUAUUAUGCAAAAUACAUAAACAGUAAUCUAUCAUAAAACGUAUAUUUUGUGUAAGUUUUGAAAUUAAAAUUCGAAAUUAUAUAAUUCACCUUUAACAACUAAGUUGUUUUACAGUGACCGUUUAAGUUUUAGCCAUACCCUUAUGUAAAUGUACCUAAUUAGGUAUUAUACUUAUUACAUUAAAUUAUGGAUUAUUGUAAA